AUGGCUCCUUCACACCUUCAGGGCCUCAAUAUCGUGCAUCCCUCACCUCCAGCGACACCAUAUAACGUUUCUGAUGCCGACCUCCUUUCCAUCCCACCCUUUCCCGACUUCAACGCCCAGCUCGACCUCUGGACACACUUGAAUUUUCAAUCCGACGAGCCGCUCGGCCUUCCCCUUAGCGAUAGCGCCAAAAAACACACCAGCGACCUCAAAAGUCGGCGUACACGUGCGGAAGACGACGCCGAUAGGUACAAUGAGCAAGACGACGACGUGAGCAUGCGUGCGGGCAUCGCUGAGGCCACCGCGCACGAGAAUGUCGUGACAGGGACGGUCCUCCCACCGACGGGCGUCGCGCACAACGGGCAUCCGACGUCGUCAAACGAUCCCGGCGCGUCGAUACCCUUCGACAUCGGCAGCAUCCUCGCGGGAAUGGGCAUCGACCCCUUCCUCGUCCCCCCGGUGCAGCAGGCGCCCGCUCCACCUGCGCCGAUGCCAACCGCACACUCGCUCGCGCAACUGCUCUCCCUGCAUGCUGCUUCGCUGUUCCCGCCCCCGAACGCGUCGGUGAUGCCGAGACCGCCUACUUCUGUCUCGGGCCAGCCUCAGCAACAGCGCCUGGUACCACCACCACUACAACAAUCCCAGCAGCAGCCUCAGCCUCAAUCUCAGCCUCAGCCACCACAGCAGAAGCAGCAGCAACAGCCCCAACAGCAGACCACGCCGGCCCCAGCAUCCAAGCGUGCACGUACGGCUGGCCGUGCGUCGUUCUCGUCCGUGGCGUCGCCCGAGAGUGUGGAGGCAGAGGAGAAAGAGUCCGGGACGCCGAUGACGGCCUCGGAAGACAAGCGGCGGCGGAACACGGCGGCAUCUGCGCGAUUCCGCUUAAAGAAGAAGGAACGAGAAGCAGCACUGGAGCGCAAGGCGAAGGAGCUGGAGGUGCGCGUGAGCGAGCUAGAGAAAGAAUGUGAGGCGCUCCGGAGAGAGAAUGGCUGGUUGAAAGGACUGGUCGUCGGCGUGACGGGUGUGGGUGCAGUGCAGCAGCAGGUGGGAACGGGAGGGGGGACUAAGCGGAGUAGAGAGGACUCAGAGGGGCCAAGGGAAGAGCAACAAGAGUGA